GCAUUGUUGACAGGCUUGAGUUGUGUUGUAGCGGAUAAAGAAGAGGAGCUCUUUGACAUUGUCGACGACCAGAACAAUGUGAUCGGUCAGGAGCGAAGAAGCGUGGUCCAUGCGCAGGGGCUGAAGCACCGUGCAGUCUACUGCUUUGUGUUCAACAGCAGAGGGGAGCUGCUGCUUCAACAACGAUCACCAAGGAAGAAGAUUGGACCCCUGCAAUGGGACCUCAGUAUUGCAGAGCAUCUGGAGCCCGGCGAAGAGUACAGACAGGCUGCAGCCAGAGGCUUGCAAGAGGAGCUGGGCAUUUCAUUAGUACUUAUGAUGCUUCGCAGGCUGGAUGGAUGGGAGGGAAGAGUGGAAGCGGACAGUGCGGAGGUGCACGCGUGGCGGUAUGUAAGUCUGGAUGACAUAAGGCUAGACAUGCAGCGCAGCCCAGACAACUACACUGCCUGGUUCAGGGACGAGUUGCACGUAACAAAUUUGUCAGAUCCCAAGAUUGGGGACGACAGAAUACUCUGGAAUUCAAAGCCUAUUCGAAAGCUGAAUGUUUGA